GUGAAAACAACAUGAAUUGUGUUAAUGGUAUGAUCACAACAGACGGAUGAGGUGUGAAUUGUGUUAAGUGUUUUGAAAAUGUGACUUAAGAUCGGACAAUAGGAUGUUAGCAACUGUAAAAAACUGAACAAAUUUGAAACAAACUACUUCCAAACAGAUUUCAGAAUAAAAAACAGCUAAGAGUCAGUGUGUUUGCUGAUGUCUGACUGUGACCGACACUUGAAAAGCAAUUUAACUUCCUUUAUUUCAGAGAAAGGAAGUGAAAGAAAUUUCAGAGCUGCUGUUCAACACGACAGUUCAGAAGAGAAAAGUCUUCAAAUAUUGUUUGAGUCAUGGCGGAGCCACUAAAAAAACAGAGGAAACCAUUGUCCGAAGAUUCUAGGAAGAGAAAACGUGAACUAGACCGAGAGAGAGCUCAUUCUCGAGUCAACCUUGGACCAGCUUUUAUGGAAUGGCGUCAACUGAAACAGAGCGAAGGACUUCAAACCGAUUCCAACGUGGCUUUUAUGUUGUUGAACUUGAGCAGAGAGGAAUGAGUGCUCGGAGAUCAGCAAUUUUGCAACAACUUCGAAUCACUUCAAGAGGAAUUCGGGAUUCUUUUUCGGGAUUCUGAUUGGCUUACAUGGGCUUGAGCUUCUCGUUACAUUCUUGACGUCAUAUAUACAUGGCUGCGGAUUGGUGAAGGACGAUGGCAUCUGUAAAUUAUCUGCUCAAGAACUCGCUGAAAGAUCUGGGAGAUGCUGAACUAAAGGAGUUUCAGUGGGAAUUAAAGAAUGAGUGUAUAUCAAAGUCUGAAAUGGAGAAUGCAGAUAGGUUAGACACUGUGGAUAAGAUGGUUGCACAUUUUGGACCAGAAGAAGCUGUACAAAUCACAGUGAAGAUCCUGAGGAAGAUGAACCAGAAUAAUCUGGCUGAGCAGCUAGAGAACAAACACAAGCAAGCUCAGGCUGAGGGCAGUAUUGAGGAUCCUGCACUUGUUGGACCCAGUUCAAAACCGCUGGAGGGCUCAGCUGCAGAGGACAGUAAAGCUGCUCUUCAUGAGACCAGCCUCAGACUGAAGAACAAAUUAAAACAGGAGUGUGAGAGAAUAUUGGUUGGUAAUUCUCAGAGGGGUCGUCAGAAAUACCUGAACGAUAUUUACACUGAUCUAUAUGUGGUGGAGAAUGAGACUGGAGGAAUACUGAGUGAACAUGAGGUGAGACAGAUCGAACUCAAACUAUUUGAUGCCAAGGACACACCAAUCCAGUGCAAUAACAUUUUUAAAGUCCAUAAUGGUCGACAAAACAAAAAAGUGUUGACGAUGGGCAUCGCAGGGGUAGGAAAAACAGUCUCUGUCAAUAAAUUCAUCCUUGACUGGGCUGAAGGAAAAGACAAUCAGGAUAUUGCCUUAAUUUUCCCUCUUCCAUUCCGUAGCCUGAAUUUGAUUAAAGAAGAGUACAGUCUCAUAGGACUUCUUAACAAAUACUUCUUUAUUGAUCCUAAAGAUCUGCCCUCUCUUCCUGAUGGUGACGGUAAGGUCAUGUUCAUCUUUGAUGGGCUGGAUGAAUGUUGCUUACCUUUGAACUUUAAAAAGAAUGACGGAUUUACAGAUGUUCACAAAGAGACAACAGUGAGUAAGAUAGUUACAAGCCUGAUCAAGAGACAACUGGUUCCCUCUGCUCUCGUCUGGAUCACAUCCAGACCAGCAGCAGCCGGUCUGAUACCCCGAAACUACAUUGAUCAGGUGACAGAGGUGCGAGGAUUCAAUGAUGAGCAGAAAGAGCAAUACUUCAACAAAAACAGCAGUCCUGAGGUUGCUGGAAACAUCAUCCAUCAUAUCAGGAAAUCCAGGAGCCUGUACAUCAUGUGCCACAUCCCUGUCUUCUGCUGGAUAUCUCUCACUGUUCUUCAGCCUCUACUGGCUCGAAAGAGCAAUGAAAAAACACCCACAACUCUCACAGGGAUGUACACAAGCUUCUUACUUACUCAGCAGCAACAGAUGACAGAAAAAUACUGUGAUGAUCCUGAAUCUGAAGCCAACCCCAGGUCUUUUGAUGAGAUUAUUCUAAAGCUUGGGAAACUGGCCUUUCAACAGCUGGAGAAAGGAAAUCUGAUUUUCUACAAAGAAGAUCUUGAGGAAUGUGGACUAGAUGUCAGUGAAGGGUCGGUGUUCUCUGGGUUAUGCACUCAGAUCUUUCAGGAGGAAAAAGCUGUUUCAGCAAGAAACAUUUACAGCUUCGUACAUCUCAGCAUCCAGGAAUUCCUUGCUGCUCUCUAUGUGUUUUUGAUUAGUAAAGAUGAGAAAGCAAAGCUAAUUUUUCAAUCCCAGAGAGAAAAACUGACAUGGACACUGUCCAGAAAGACACAGUUUCAGCUUCAUAAGGCUGUGAUCAACAAGGCUUUACAAAUCGAGAACGGACACCUGGACCUUUUCCUCCGGUUCCUCCUGGGUCUCUCUCUGGAGUCCAAUCAGAGUGAUCUGAAGGAAUUAGUGCCAGUACUGAAACUCAGAACAGAGAACAUGAAAAGCACUGUUGCCUAUAUCAAAAAGAAAAUAGAGAAGGAGAAAUCUGUGGAGAGGACCAUCAAUCUCUUUUACUGUCUGAGUGAACUGAAAGAUGACUUUCUGGAGGAAAUCCAGAAAAACCUGAGCUCAGGAAAUCUUUCAGCACAGAAUCUCUCCUCUGCUCAGUGGUCUGGUCUGGUGUUUGUGCUCCUGAUGUCAGAAGAGACUCAAGAGAAGUUUGAACUGCAGAAAUACAGAAGAUCUGAUGAAGCAGUGAUAAGACUGCUGCCAGUGAUCAAAAACACAAGAAAGGCACUGCUACAAUGUUGUAAUCUCACUGCUCAGUGUUGUGAGAGUUUGUCAUCAUUUCUACAAUCCUCAAACUUCCUGAGAGAGCUGGACCUGAGUAACAAUGAUCUACAGGAUUCAGGAGUGAAGCUUCUUUCUGAUGGACUGAAGAGUGCAAACUGUCACCUGGAGAUACUGAGAUUGUCUGGCUGUAUGGUGACAGAGGAAGGCUGUGGUUAUGUGUCUUCAGCUCUGAGUUCGAACCCCUCACACCUGAGAGAGCUGGAUCUGAGCUACAAUCACCCAGGAGAUUCUGGAGUCAAGCUACUCACAGAUACACUCAACCAUCCAGACUACAGACUGGACAAACUCAAUGUGGAUCAUGGGGGAGAGUUCAGGAUAACAGCAGGACUACACAAAUGUAUGUCUACACACACACACACACACUCUCUCUCUCACACACACAGUAUCUGUCAGCUGAUGCAGUUUAAUAAUAAAUAAUAACUAUGAUACUUUUAGAUCACCAUUAUUAGAAUUAUUGCUAAGAUAGUAAAAUACUACUGUAAAUGAAAAAUGAAUAUUUUAUAAAGAGUGUGUUUUUUUUACAAUAGGAUGUUAGAAUACUGUUAUAUUGGCAGAAAUGGGCAGUUUCAGUGAAAACAGGUUUAUAAAUGCAUCUUAUUACAAAUCAGGUGAAAUACUGUAAUCAACUGUCCACAAAAAUGUUGGAUAUAAUGCAAAAACUGAGUGUAACUGGUGCUCACUGCGUUCCCAAAUGCACAUUAAACUCAAGGCACAUGCAGAGAUGGAGUUCACUGCAUUUAUUCCCUGUGAACUGAGACAUGGAAAACAAGCUGAUGGAGUGAGCAAAGUGUGCUCUUCACUCUGAAACAUGCAGUGCAACGGACUACAGACUUACUUAAUUAUCGUCUUUUGUGAUUUGAUAAGGGCACAAAGCCAUAUUGUGCUUUUUAUUUUAGUAAGAGAGAUGCUUUGCCAAAGUAAUGACACAAAACACAAAGACAAAGAUUUAUGUUAUUAUGAGACAUGUACAAUAUCUUUGGUUCAAACUGUGUUUCUUUAAAACCUGUGUACACCUGGUCACUUCAUGCAUUUUCUCUGAUGGGAUAGCUAUCCGAUCAUGAAAAAAACAGGUGUAAACGCCCUCUGAAACAAAUUCGCACAAAUCACUUCAGGAGGAAUUCUGGGACGCAUUCCAGACGAAACUGAACAAGCAGUUAUAAAUGCAUCUGGAUGUUGAAACCAAAAUUUAAUUGGGGAGCUGUGACAGCACUCUCCACCCCACUUCGUCUAAAUCGCACGAAACCGGUGCCAUUUGUCUGUGCUCGAUUUGUGACGGUUUGUGCCGUUGAAACAAAUGAACGACACCGUUUCAUGUGAUUUGGACGGCAUGGGGUGGAGAGUGACGUCACAGCUCCCGAAUUAUAUUUGUUAUAUCUGUCAAAGGCAAACAAUUACAGUGUUUGUUUUAACAGCACAAACCAGCACAAAUCGUGCACAAACGCACGACACCGGUUUCAUGCGAUUUGAACGACAUGGGGUGGAGAAUGACGUCACACGAACAAAAAAGUAAUGCUCAUUAUCUCAAACACCAAACCAGCGCAAAUGUUCGUUUUUGCGGCACAAAUCAGCACAAACUUAGCACAAACAAAUGACAGUUUUGGGGAUUAUUUCGCUUUAUGGGGUGCCAACUUAUGUUAUGUUAGGUAUGUUAUGCAGCUCAACACGAUGAAAUGUUAGAAUAUCAUCAGUAUCAUAUUGUAAUGUUGAUCUAGCUUAUUGUUGGUCUCAAACAGCCAACAAACUAAUACAUAGAACAACAUUACAACUUUCAAAUGCAGUUUAGUAUGAUAGUGUAACAUGAGACCAGAUGGCGCUGCGUUACCUCACAGUUGUAAUUGGUCAAAUAAACUGACCUGUAUGAGCAGUAUUUCAGAUUUGUGAGUAGUUCUGUAGAAUGAAAUGUCCUCAUACCUUUAUAUCCCCUGGGACUCGCGUGGCACUGAUAUCCGUCUCUCAUUAGCCCACGAUUUUCGUCCACAGCCCGCUUCAUACCACAGUCAUGUUAAAAACAUGAAUGCAUUCAGUCAUCCAUAAACAUUAUUUCCCCAUAAACAUGAUUAGAUCCAUUGAAAUGAUGACAAGUCCAUGAUUCCACUCAUUCAUGAUUAAUAAAUGCUGUGUAAGUGCAGUUCAUUAUUAGUUCAUGUUAACUAAUGAACCUUAUUGUAAAGUGCUACCUCAUACUUUGUUGAUUAUAAUGAAAGCACUCGGGCUAAGCAAAAACUCAGCCAAUUUAAGGCUACGUCCACACGAAGCCGGAGCUUACCGUAAACCGAUCUUUUUUUUUCCUCGCCUCAAAAAAAAUCUGCGUCCACACGAAACCACUGAAGCAACUCAAAAUGAUGUAGUAUACAUGCCAGACCAGUAUGUGGCGCUGUAAUUCUGCCACAGAGAUGCACUUAAAGCAGCAAACAAGACUUGGAGAAUGUGCAUAAACCUUGCGCGCUGUCAUAGAUAUAAGCUGUUUCUCAAUAUGCGUACUUGUCUGUACUUGUGUUCUUGUGAACUUGUGAAACGGCAUCAGUCGCUGUCCAAGUACUGUUCCAAUUCAAAGUUCGCAUCUAGCCAAAGUUAGUUCAAAUCCCUGGAUGUGUUCUUGAUCUGCCCCUUUUAUCGAGGAUGCAUCGAGAGGUGACUUGUGCAGACUUGAGACAGCCAGGUAUCCCAGAAUGCAUCUCGCACUAACCAGCAAGCGUCAAUAGUAAAAGAGAAAACCCGCAUAAUUUAAACAUAACUGAUAUUAUGUCAUGAUUUGUAGUUUUAUUUGUAGUUUUUCAGGUGAGAAUGUGCUGAUUUAAAGCUCAAAUUUGUGGUUUAUUGAUAAAGAUAGCACCUUUCUAAAAAUUUGAUCUGACGUUGUCGGAGUUGUGAGAUCCAGGCGAUCACCGGACGCUCAGCGCUCAUGUACCCAGCCGAGAGCAGCCUUACCUCGGCAAGUCCUUCUGACAUUUGCCGCUGGCUCCGUUUUGGCUGAGAGCAACGUGGCGUUCAGUACCGUCGCAAGGGCUGUGCCAAGUGUGCGACCGCACAGGGCCUCGCACCUCGCCUGCAUUUUAUGUAGUCUAUUUUGUUAUUACAGUUUUUCCAGCAAACAUUGAUAAUAAAUAAAAUUCCUCUGUCUCGCAAUUAUGUAUAAUCAAGGCCACAUGAAAAAAAAAAAAAUUAUUAUUAAUUUUCGAAUUUCGAUAUUACGCUCUGCGUCCUCGCGCCACUAUGAGCUGCUCACUCUGUGAGGAAAAAAUGUCGGGUGCUGCAUGAGAGCGCGACCGAUUUCGUAAACACGAGUCAGGUGGCGAGAAAAGGAAAAAAGGAAAAGAAAAAAUGUUUCUAAAAUCGGAAUGAAAUAGGCUAUAGCCUUUACAGACCUGCCAACAUGUACGCAUUUUGCGUACCAGGUACGCAUUUUGACCUCAAAGUACGCUGGUACGAUUUGUCACUCUAUACUACGCAAAAACCCGGUGAGUCCUCUGUGCACGCGUAGUGCUCAAAUCCAGCAAAAGAAAGAGUUUGACCAAUCAUAUCGCUGGGUUCAUUUCCCCAAAUAGCAAGCGGGGAUGAUUGACCUAUCAAUAAAAAGAGACUGCAAAUCGACAGCAACACAAAAUCCCGCGCGAUCCUCCUUCCACUCCUGCAGUCUCAGUGACUGAAUUCUCAAGCGAGGACAGUACAGCAGUCACGGUACUUCUGACUCCUUGAGGUAAACGGGUAUAACAUGCUCAAGUAAUGUUGAACAACAAAUCUAAAUAAAAUUGAAAUCGCUAUAUGGCUUAGUGAUUAUGAAAGUGCUGUGAUGUGUGACUGACUGACAAGCUCGAGUCUGGAGAAACAGGCGUUUAUUUAUUUAUUCUCUUGAUACGUAUAGCCUACAUGUGUUGCGUUAUUGUGUUAAUACUAACUAAAGUACCUAAUUAUGUUACAUAGCCUACUUAUUUUGUAAGAAAACUAGCACAUUAGUUACUUAUGCAUUUAAAAGCACCGUUGUCUCAGUGCUGCGCGAGCUCUCUCUCAUACACACAAACGCGCGCGAGCACAGAGAGGGAAGAUCAUUGUAAAAUGAAAAUUGACGUGCUUGGUUUAAAAUUUGUUCUUGCUUGUGUUAUUUUUUUGUCAGAAAACAUUUUUAAUUAUCCACCCGUGUUUUUAAGUUUCGGUAAAUGACGGACUCUUUAGUUAACACAACCCCUCGUUAUAUAACUAACUUCUUGAUAUUCUUGAAUACUCGAUUCGUUUUGCACUUAUGGGUACUGUCUAUUCACUGUUAACUGUUUUCUAUAAAUAUGCUGUAUUUGAACAAGACAAACAUUCGCUGAUUAAAGGUUAGCCAAUACAAACAUGUUACAAAUAGAUACCUUUUUUUCUGUGGGAUUUAGUAUAUCCAAUAUUAUUCCAGUAUCCAAAUAUUUUAGCAUAUUUGGAUAUUGGAAUAAUAAAUUAAGUAUUUUAAAUGAAUCACAUAUAAACUCAAUGUUUACUCUUUUCUAAGGGUUUCUUAAUUUUAGACUAGUUUUCAUUACAAAACCUGCGUAAAAGACUCAACUGUCAGGUUAGUUGUAUGUAAAUAUAACCUACUUGAAAUUGCAAACACAAUUUUUUAGUCCAUAUUAAAUAUGUGAAUGUGAUUCACUUGUGGUUGUCAGUUUGUAUAAGCACACAUUAUGCAAUGCAAUAUUAAUCAUGAAUAAAAAAAUGCUUUUGAUCAGGUGUAGUGAAAAUAUAAAAUAACAGUCAAAAUUAGAUUAACGAAGAUGGGUGUGUGUUUGUGCUUUGUGUAUUGUAUUCUCAAAAAUGUAAAAAAAUAUAUGACCCCCCCCCCCCCCCCCCCCAAAAAAAACCCCGUAUCCUGUCCCAUCACACUGGUACUCGAAAAAUUUUUCCAAGGUUGGCAGGUCUGCCUUUAGCCCUGAAUUAUUAAAUUGUAAUAAUCUGUCUGUCAUUCAUUGUCAUUGUAUGUCAUUGUUCAACAUGUCAAAAUAAAGUGACAGCUGAACUGAUGUAAUGCCAAAGUUCAAAGUGUAGCCAAUGAUUUUGUCUGAGCUCUAAUAAAAAAUAAACAAUAAUAGGCUAUAA